GCCCAAUGCUAACGGCGUGCCUCUUUUUCAGCCGACGAGUAGAGAGCAACAACUGUACGACGACAACGUCCCCCGGACCUCUACGUUUCAUUUUCAAUCCGGCCCAUUGAGCGAUCCAAGCCACCAUGACAGACCGAUUUGACUGCUUCUAUUGCCGUGACGACCUGCAUGGGAAGAAAUACAUAAAGAAGGACGAGAGGCCUGUGUGUGUGCGCUGUUUUGAUAAGUUCUGUGCCAACAGCUGCACUGAGUGUCACCGCCCCAUUGGCACAGAUUCCAAGGAGCUGCACCACAAGGGCCGCUACUGGCAUGAGGACUGCUUCCGUUGCUUCAAGUGUUACAAACCUCUGGCCAAAGAGUCCUUCAGCAUGAAGGAUGACAAGAUCAUGUGUGGGAAGUGCAGCUCCCGGGAGGAUGCCCCACGCUGCCAUGGCUGCUACAAAGCUGUCCUGCCAGGCGAUGAAAACGUGGAGUACAAGAACAACGUGUGGCAUGACAGCUGCUUCACCUGCUACCAGUGCAAGCUGCCCAUCCGCACCAAGAGCUUCCUGACCAAGGGUGACAACGUCUACUGUGCGCCCUGCCACCAGCGCAAGUUUGGCAAGCACUGUGUUCACUGCAAGCAGGCCAUCACCUCUGGUGGAGUUACCUACCAGGACCAGCCCUGGCACUCGGAGUGCUUUGUGUGCCGUACCUGCCGAAAGCCUCUUGCCGGAACACGCUUCACCUCCCACGAGGAACACGCCUAUUGUGUGGACUGCUACAAGAGCACGGUGGCCAAGAAGUGCUGUGGAUGCCAAAGCCCCAUCACAGGGUUUGGGAUGGGAAUCAAUGUGGUGAACUACGAGGGCAAGUCCUGGCACGAGUACUGCUUCAACUGUAAAAAGUGCUCUCUGGGUCUGGCAAAAAAGCACUUUGUGGUCAACGGGGAAGACAUCUACUGCCCCGAUUGUGCCAAGAAGGUAUAAGCCGAAACCAGGGGGGAGGAUUUAUUCUGUGGUUUUGAGGCUUUGAGGCAAAUGAUAGAAAUGCAAUAAUUAGAAAAGACCAUCUUAAGGGUCAGUGUUUCACCACUGCAGGGGUAUCAUCAAUGUAAUGAGAGUUAGCUUUGGAUCAAAGAAUUGGUCAUGUGAGCAGUUUGAGGGAGUCAUAAGGAAGUUUAACUUCCUCUCUCUAACAACCCAUAAAUCUCAGCUAUUAUCGGUCUGUCGGUCUUAAUUUUUCAGCCUGGUUAUCACAUACAAUAUACUCUUCAUUGUUCCAUAACUUGUAUGUACAUUACUCAGCAAUUUGCUUUUAUUGGUAUGAAACGGUCAAUGCUUCAAAAGAAGUUAGUUCAGGAUUUGAAUACCUGUUAGACUGCAUCAAGGAUGCGCAAUCCUGAAAUUGGUGCGUUAGUGGAGGUUUUAAAAACCAUGAAUCUGAACAUUAAAUGCUAUGGUUACUUCGCUCAUAAACAUGCUGGAUAUGCUUAACAUUUAACAUUAGUCAGACAUAUUUCAGUGAGUCUAUAGUAGAUAAGUGGAUAGACUCAUUUAUCUUGAAAUUGUUUCUCUUCAAUGCUUAUGUUGUGUCUAUAUAGCAUUGUAUACUGUAAUUAUGGAAAGGUCCAAAAAUCUUCAUGGCAGUCUGGGAUUCCUCAGAAAAAUUUGUAAUGCAGAACAUAGGGUACAACAUGCAUUAAAAUACUCUCCAAAGCAAA